GAGUCUCUGAGAGGUUCUGGAGGCUGAAAUGACCAAAUGUAGGCAUGAACGUCUUCACUCUGAUCGGUUUAAAUCUGCUCCGUUGUCAUGACGACCGCAGCAGCAGCAGGAGAUAAGUGAUUUGACAGAUGUUAGCUGCUAACUGAGGCUAACAGGGACUCAUCUUUACUGCUUUACUGGUUGUUAUGGCAACAGUAACACAAAGAUACUGUAGAUACAGUUAAUAUAACACCACUAAGGCCCAUUGAAUACUUUCAUUUUGCUGCUACUACUUUAAUACUUCUACUGAAGUAACAUUAUGAAUUCAGGACUUUUACAUUCAUGAGUAAAAUAUUUUUCUUCCGCCCUCACACACUCUGCUGUCCUUUGACCCAAACAAAGAUGGCGGCUAGACAUGAAGGAUGUUUCCUCGUCUUGUUGCUGUUUCUGGCUCAAAGAGCAGAGUUGAAGUUUGUCUUUACCUGCUGCUGAAACACACAGAAGAUCACCUGAGCAGGUUCAGCGUUGUUGUCUAAAGAAAACCAGAUCUGUGUGCGAUAGACCAGCAGCUCUGUCAGGAUGAGAACUCGCUGCUGAGUUUCGAGGCGAUCUGCAGCAUCCACAAACUGAUGGACGACGACGCCGACGGCACGGUGGACACGACGGAGACGGACGAGUUCCUCAGAGAGGAUCUGAAGUAUCACGACCCCAAAGCCAAACACAGCAGCUUCCACCGAGCCGACCUGCACAUCAGCGUGGAGGACAUGUGGAACGCCUGGAAGAGCUCCGAAGUGUAUAACUGGACGGAGCAGCAGGUGGAGGACUGGCUGCUGCGUGUGGAGCUUCCUCAGUACACAGAAACCUUCAGGAAACACCAGCUGGACGGCAAAUCUUUACCCAGGCUGGCGGUGAAGAACACCACGCUGAUGCUCACGGUGCUGAAGAUUUUAGACAGAAGUCACGCACAGAAACUGCAGCUCAAAGCCCUCGACACCGUGCUGUUUGGACCGCCGCCAGGCCGACAGAAGUGGUGGAAGGAUCUGGUUCUGGGCGUGUCCAUCCUGAUGGCGUUGGGCGGCUGCUGGUUCGCUUACGUCCAGAACAGGAAGUCCAGAGACAACCUGGGGAAGCUGGUGAAGGACCUGGAGGGUCUGCAGAGAGCCGAGCAGAGUCUGCUGGACCUGCAGGAGAAGCUGCAGCAGGCUCAGGAGGAGCAGCGCUGCGUUCAGGUGGAGAAGGUGAAGGUGGAGGAAGAGCUGAGGAGCGAGAUCAGCUCGGCCAAACAGGAAGCUCAGCGGCUCCGCGAGCUCCGAGAGGGAACCGAGAACGAGAGGAGCCGGCAGAAAUACGCCGAGGAGGAGCUGGACCAGGUGCGUAUGGCGCUGAAGAAGGCGGAGAGGGAGCUGGAGUCUCGGGCUCGCUGGGCUCCGCCGGAGGCUCUGCAGACGUGGCUGCAGCUGACGCACGAGAUCGAAGUCCAGUACUACAACAUCAAGAAACAGAGCGCAGAGAGGCAGCUGCUGCAGGCCAGAGAGGGGGCAGAGAAGAUCAAGAAGAAGAGGAGUUCUCUGUUCGGGACGUUCCACGUGGCUCACAGCUCCUCGCUGGACGACGUCGACCACAAGAUCCUCUCAGCCAAACAGGCCCUGGGCGAGGUGACGGCCGCCCUGCGAGAGAAGCUCCACCGCUGGCAGCAGAUCGAGUGUCUGACGGGCUUCUGUCUGGUCAACAACCCGGGUCUGGGGGCUCUGGCCACCGCCCUCAACCUGGACCCGUCCUUCCUGGGCCUGCGACCUCCGACCCCGCAGCACCUCCUCCUCUCCGACGACCUCGACGACAUGGAUGAGGACAUCCUGUCUCCCGGGACGCUGCAGUACGCUGCGUGGCAGAUGGACCGGCGAGUGAGCGACCUCUGGCCUCUGAGUGGCAUCGUAGACACCCAAUCACCAUGGAAACACUCGGCUCAGAGUCUGAUGCCCCUGCGACAGAGGAUGGGAGACCCCGCUCUGAACUUCAGCUCUCAGAGGGACAUUAUGAACCGCUCAGACUCUGACUCCUCCCUCCCUCUCCCUCACGGCGAAUCGCGAAGCCUGCACAGCUCCAAGCCCCUCCUCCUGUCGUCCAGGCUCCACCCCCUGCAGGGUCAGGCCUCCGGGGUUGGAGGAGGGAUCGGAGGAGGAGGAGGAGGCGGUCUGGAGAAGAGCUCCAGCCUCGGGGAGCUGAGGGGCAGCUCCGCCGCCGCCGCCGCCCUCGCCUCCCACGGCUCCCACGGCUCCACCCGCUCCCUCUUCAUCACUUCAUCCGACGCUACCGACAGCCCGCUCAUCUUCUCGUCCUCCGCCUCGUCCAGCCCGUCAAUCAGCGCUCGGGGGACGGGCCUCCAGCUCCCCACCAGGAGGAGUCCUGUGGAGGAGGACGGCGGCGAGGAGAACGAGUCGUUGUCGUCGUCGUCCGGCGGACGCAGGAGAAACGCCUUUAAUAAGAUCUUCAAGAAGAAGCAGGGACGUCACUGAACCGGAGGAACAUUUCUGCUUUACCGACCGAUAAUCUGAAUCGUCAUGGUGAUGAACGAACAAAACGCUUCACUCUUUCACUUUUUACUCAACUUUUCUGGCAAAUUUUUUGAUAUAAACAUUAAAUCUAUAAAAGAAACGUACGAUGAGGGACGUACCUGGAACCACCCAGGAGACACGGAGGUGGACGAGUCCUACAACGAUGCAAACCAACGAAGAAGAAGAGAAGCCUGGCGCUGAUAAGAGGCUUUUACAAAGCACAAGAUCACAAAAAAAAUAAAAUUACUCCAUGUGGGCAAAUAUGAGAAUUUAUAUCUCAAACAUUCUGGAUAAAAACCUCCGAAAACCAAACUUAGAGCAUCAGAAAUCAGCAUCUGGAACAUUUACACAAACUAUUGAUGAGUCAUGUGACUUAUGGUUACAAGCUUUUUACAUAAAAAAAAAUACCAAAGACCAAAUCUAACGGUUCCUUUAGGUGCUUUUCAUCAACUCAAAGUCCAAAUUUUAAAAAGUUUUCUUCCAACAACCACACUGGAGGUAUUAAUGAGGUAUUUACAUGUAUCCAACAUCGCUCAAGUGUCCGUUAAGACCUGAAGAAUGUGGGACACGAUUGGUUAACGAGGACAUCAUGUGACCUGCACAAAUACAAUACUGUAACGACUCGCAUAAUGAACAAACAGGUAGAAUGAAACUCUGUUUAACAGUCAGAUUCAGGAGCUGAAAGGACAAAUAAAUGAAUAAAGACAUUAAAACAAAAAAACAAAGUAUUAUUUUAAAGUUUUCUACUGAAAAUUUUAAGGAACACGUUUCUCAAAAUCAGUGAUAAAAAGAUAUAAUAUUUAAUAAUGUGUCAGAUAUUAAUCUGUGGAGGUUUAUAUAACUGUUUAGUCUUUUGAACAUUAAUAAUAAUAAUAAAAAUAAAAAUAGUAUUAAGAGUUAAGAUGAAAACAACAACAUAAAAGUUAAUUAUAUGAUAAGUUUACGUCUUUACGAGUUGUUGAGAAUCACCUGAACGCACCAUUAAACAACAGGAACCAGGGGUGCAAUGGAUUCUGGGAUACCGAGGACCAAAUCAUACGGCAGUUGCAUCUCAGGAUCAUCGAGCUCUUUGACGUCUCAGCUGCUGACGAGUUGAUGAUGCAUGAUGGGAAACGUCCAUUGUUUGUCUGUUAACGCCUUUUUUUUUGUUUCAUAUGUAUAUAUCAGAGUGGAGUUUAUGAUAUUAUUAUCUGAGUUUGGGGCGUUAAGGGGCUCUGUUUCCAUGGCGAUGCAUGCUUGUUUAUUUUAUAAUAAUUGUGGGUUUUUCACACCUUUUUAUAAGUUUAAUAACAGUAAAGAGGUGACGGGAAACGAGGGAAGAGAGAGACGCUGCAGGUCACUAAACCUCCACGUCACCAUGGUAACAUCACCAUGGUAAUGUCACCAGGGUAACCCUAGAUGGUCCUCUCAUGUAAACAACGUGUUGUAAACAGCUGCAGUACAACAAGUCCUGUUCAGUCUUCACCAAAGAACCUUAACAUAUAAACCAGUAAAGUUUGUUAUUGUGUUUACUGGAAAUGAUUUAUGAUGGAAAACGUUUUUUUGGGGUUUGUUAAAUGACCUUUCUUUUUUUUUUUUUUUGGUACUGUACUUUUGCAUCACAACAUUGUACUGAAAAUCCACCUUCCAACACCUCCAGGUCUGAUUUACGUUGUAUCUUGUUCUGUAGUGAGACGGUUUACGUAAAUGUCGGACUGGCCCUUUAAAGAGUUUGUUCACUAAAACCACAAAAACGUAUUUUCCUGAACUUGUUUCCUUUCAUGGCUGUUGUUCUGCGUUGGAGGCAGAACAGUGAAAACCUGGAGAGAUUCCACCAGAGGGAAGAGAGGAAAUAGCUUGUUUUGUAAAUUGGGUGAACUGACCCUUUAAUGCUCAUCAAUAAACACAGAAUCAACAGCGGUUUGUUCACAUGUGAGGAAAAUCCAGUGUGACGCUGCCGUUCACCGUCAUCCAAACACAACCUGAGUAUAUUCAGUGUUGGACGUCGGCCUGUAGAGGAAGUGUCAGGUUCUAACGUGAGGUGUGAAAGUACGAAUGUAAACAGAGGUCAGUGAUGAAUCAGCUGAUGUGUGUCGGAGGCAGGAUGUGAAGUUUAAAAUCGAGUUAACUUUAUUUACUCUGAACAAAGACGAGAGUCACGGUGUGUUUAUUUAAAGAAAGCAGCUGUCAGUGAGAGCAGCUGUGCGAGGACUUCAUUACCCAGAAAUCCCGUCACAUGAUGCUAAUCUAAACAUCGUCUACUUACACUGAGGUCAUGUUGCACCAGAGACGCGAGCUCUUGUUGGUACAAGAAAACAUUGAAUUUAUUGGAACAUUAUUCAAAAUCUGUUUAUUUAUGAAUCAACGGCAAUAAACAAACUAUUGAAGAAUAUAAUAAACUGUUUGUCUUUGGUUGAUUGUGCUGUUUCUUCUUCUCUGCUGGAUUUAUCCUGCAGAAACAUCUGUUUAAUGUUUUAGAAACAAAUGGAGUCAUGAAUAUAAUAUAAUCAGGUAUCGUUUUUAUUUUAUUAAUUCUGUAAUUUACGAUGCUCUCAAACUGCUCAAUCUGUGCUUCUGAAUUAAUAAUUCAGACUUUUAAAUUAAUAAUUUGUGCUCUUGAAUGAGUAAAUUGUGCUUUAGAAAGAAUCAUUUGUGCUUUGGAAUAAAUAACUUGUAUUUUAAUAAUAAUAAUGAAUAACUCAAAUGACUAAUUUCAUGCUCUCAGCUUUUACAACAUAAUUCUUGCUCUCCAAUUAAUAAAUCUUGCUCUUGAAUUAAUAACUUGCUCUCAGACGACUUCAUUCAUGCUUUCUAAUCACUUAAUUUGUGCUCUCGACUUGAAUGAUUUGAUCUUAAUAAAUGAUUUAAUGACUUAAUUUGUAAUCCUGAAUGACAUAAUUCAUGCUAAUUAAUAAACCGACUCAAAUUAUUAACUUGUGCUUUAGAAUUAAUUGUACUUUCGUAAUAAUAGUUUGUGCUUUCAAAUGACUUAAAUGUUCCCUCAAAAACACAGAACUCUAAUUAGUAAACAAUGCUCUUAAAUUAUUAACUAGCGCUCUGACUCAGACUUUCAAAUGAAUAACUUGUAUUAUUGAAUGACGUCUUUUAAACUUUCUAAUUUAGUUUGUGCUCUAAAGUGAUUUAAUCUGCUCUCACAGCUGGAUCUCGUUUCCUGUUCAGGCCUUUUGAGAUGUGAAAGUCGCUCUAGUGAGACUGGAAACUUGUGACCAGGGGUCAAAGGUUAAUAAUGUUAGGGACUCGUGUAUCUGCCUGCUGAAACUCUUAAAACUCUACUUUUUAGUGACUUUUAUCAGUUUUUGAUAUCUAUGAGUUUUGAUGUGCAGCUCUUUUUUUAGUCCCUGAAUGUCAUUUUUAUAUUUAGACAUCAAAGAGUUGAAAAGCGUCUUCUUGUUCUGUCUCUGUGGCGUCUGUCAUGAUCUCUCAGCUCAGUCUGAUCAAGCUGAAUAUUGACAAAAGCCCCUCAUUAAGAGCUCAGCUGUUGACUUAGACUAUAUAGGCGGUGCGUUCAAUGACCCGUCAGCUGCUCGGGAAACCUGUCAGAAAGAGGCUGAACUGGAACCAGCAGGUGGCAGCACUGAGUUGCUGGGAAACAACAGCAGACUGAAGUGAAGCAACGUUCAGGCUUCAU